AGCCCAGCCCAGCCUGGCGAGGGUUGCGGAGGCGUUGGCCAGGAGGCCUCACUCUGCCGCCUGCCAGCCGUCGCUCCAGGCGCCUCUCGCUCGCUCUGCAGCUCCUCCGCGGCUUCCUCGUGCCCCAGAAACCAGCGCCAAAAUGCCAUCCCAGCUAGAACACGCCAUGGAGAACAUCAUGUUCACUUUCCACAAAUUUGCGGGUGACAAGAACUAUCUGACGAAGGAAGAUCUCCGGCAGCUGAUGGAGAAGGAGGUCCCUGGGUAUAUGGAAAACCAGAAAGAUCCGAUGGCCAUCGACCGGAUCAUGAAGAACCUAGAGGAGUGCCGGGAUGGCAAAGUCAGCUUUGAGGGCUACCUCUCUCUCAUUGCCGGGCUGACCAAUGGAUGCAACGAGUAUUACGUGAAGAAGAUGAAGCCGACGGGAGGGAAGAAGUAUUGACGGGAUAGCGUGCGUGAUCUCGCACCCGGAGCACUGGAGGCGCGCUUUGGCACAGCCGGGCUCACGGUGCCGAUAACCCCAGAAAAGCUUUCCUGCCUAACCCUUCCAGAGCCGACUGUUCCUGCUUAAAAAUAAAAGGUCACGUCGUGCCUCCGACCUAAUAAUAACACAACAGCGGCUGUGUACCUUUGAAGCACCAUUGAUACACGCAAACCAUCUUUCCCUCAAAGGAUUCUGGGCAAUGGAGUUUCUUUGAUGAGGGAAUGUGAUUUGGAUGCGCUUCGAAGUUUACAGCCUUCCCAUUUACGUGCAGAGUUAUCCAGACCCUAACAAACACCUCCUUGCCCAUCCCUUCUGUGAAAUCCCAAAGCUUCGUUGCCAGGGAUGUGUCAGCCCCUUUUCUUUCCUCCCUCAGCCAUGCCCUCUCCUUGGCCGUGAAAUAAAACAUUUUUCUAAAACCCAGAA